ACGGCACUGGAACUCGAUGGAAGUAAAUUAACGCAAUCAUCAGUGUUGUGGAUAUUUAUUUAUUCAAGUUUAAUUGCAGAAGGGUCGAUUGUGUUGUUGUAAUUAAUGUAAUACACGCAAGAUGAACUUGCGUAAUAACUUCAAUAUCCUCAGUGUUCUUGUCUUGAUACGACUGUGUUUUUUUCUUGACGCUAUCGCUAUUAAUAGAAACAAUGCUGCAGCGAGGGGACUUUUGAUUUAUAGAACAAUCUCUGUAACUCAACGAUCAUGCAACUGCCCGAUGUCUUUCUCUUGCUCCUGCUGUCAGAGCGUUAUCAUUCUAUAUACUAAAAGGGAGAAGAAUUUGUGUGUGAAUUUCACAUAUCAGAGAAACGGUUUGAACAUAGAUGCCACGUUGAAUUCAGACACAAUAAGCACCAGGACCGUUACAAAUUACAAAGCAUUUCAGUUUUGUGUGUUUGUUCCUGGUUGCCUUUUCUCGACAGCAUGCGUCAAUAUUUUGCAGCUCAGUCAAUUUCCAAAAUCCAUCACGGCUUGCCUUCGUCUAGACAUUUACGCCAAAAAACAGCUGUGGCAGAUCAAUUACAAUUGCAUAAACGUGUUGACGGAGUUACCGACGAUUCCCACAAAUAUCACGCUGAGAAUGACGAAUAGACAAAACGAAGGAAAUACUCUGAUAGAAUAUAGACCUACCGAAGAAUUGUCGAUGACAGAAUCAACGACAAGAAUAGUAACGGAGCAAAUGAUGACUAUGAGAAUGUCGGAAGUGAAUUCUGCAGGAACAGUUGGGAUAACAGGUCAAGCGAAUGGAACGACUGAGGUGUUGGAAACGAGUUCUGAUCAAACGGAGCAGAUGAUUGUUGAUUAAAAAAUAAUGUGAGUGCAAAUAACAAAUAAGUGAUAAAUUUAAUGAAAAUAUAAGGAACAUUAUAAAUAAUACAAGGUAGAAAUAAGAAAUAUAAAAUAAGAGAAAAAUGGGAGUACACACACACACGCGCGCGCACACACAUCCACAGACACCGUGCAUCAUAUUUUCAAAUGAUUGAUAAGCGAUAAUUAUAUUUUUUUAUAGCUACUUUCUUAUUUUUUAUUAACAGGAAUAAACACAUUUAGCUAGUAAUUCUAAGUAGUGUUUUGAAACAUUUUUUUAAAUGUUAGGAUUAUUUAAACAAAAAUAUAAUGAAAUACAUAAAGAUUGCUUGAUCUAUUGUGAUAGUUCCACUAUAUCA